GCGCAGACGCACGUCAAAGCCGGGCUCGGGCCGGGAGCGGGGAGCGGCGCGGCCUGGGAGAGACUGAGACUCCGGGAGCCGGGCGAAGGCUGUGCGGGGCCCCGCAGCAGAGCCGCAGCCGGAGCAAGCGAGCGAGAGCAGCAGUGCGGCGGCCGCCGCGGGAGUCCCUGGGCCGCCGUCCGCUCGCGCAGCCGCCGCUGCUGCCGCGGGAUCCUGUCACCGGGAGCAGGAGCGGGCGGAAGACAACGGAGGGGCCGAGCGCCCAAGCCGCGCCGCGGGGACCGAGCGAGCAGCCCGAGGCGGCGGCGGCCGAGGACGGAGACGGCGACGACGCGGAGGCGGAGAGGGAGCCGCCCGGCCCAGCCCCUAUGACCUGAAGUUUCUGAAAUGAGAGGUUCUAAUCAGCAUCACUGAGGCAGACCAAGUCAGUAUUAAAGAAGCAUAAAGAUUCUGUACUUGUGCUGCAUCUGGCAAAUCAGUUGCAGAUACAGUGGCCCGCAUCCCUGUGCCUUGCCUUCUCAAGUAGGCAAGGAGGAACUAGAACUGGUACCAUCUUCCUGUAUGUGCACACAGCAAACAAACAACCUACUAAAUGGGAAAACAUUGGUGGAAUUCCCCUUGAAAUCAGAAAAUGAAACAAGCGUGCCAUACACCUUUGAUGUUUGAUAUUAUCCUGGCCAAUGCAAGAAUGCAUCAAAUAAAAGGUGAAGCAGGCAGAGCGCAGUGAGGCGCCGGUCGCUGCCGCCAUGCCGUUCCCAUUUGGAAAAUCUCACAAAUCUCCUGCAGACAUCGUGAAGAACCUGAAGGAGAGCAUGGCCGUGCUGGAAAAGCAAGACAUCUCUGACAAAAAAGCGGAAAAGGCUACAGAAGAAGUUUCCAAAAAUCUGGUUGCCAUGAAAGAAAUUCUGUAUGGCACAAAUGAAAAGGAGCCACAGACAGAAGCAGUGGCACAGCUCGCUCAAGAACUGUAUAAUAGUGGGCUCCUUAGCACCCUAGUAGCUGAUUUACAGCUCAUUGACUUUGAGGGCAAGAAAGACGUGGCUCAGAUUUUCAACAAUAUUCUCAGAAGACAGAUUGGUACAAGAACUCCUACUGUUGAAUACAUCUGCACCCAACAGAAUAUUUUGUUCAUGUUAUUGAAAGGAUAUGAGUCUCCAGAAAUAGCUCUGAAUUGUGGAAUAAUGUUGAGAGAAUGCAUCAGACAUGAGCCACUUGCAAAAAUCAUUUUGUGGUCAGAACAGUUUUAUGAUUUCUUCAGAUAUGUCGAAAUGUCAACAUUUGAUAUAGCUUCAGAUGCAUUUGCCACAUUCAAGGAUUUACUUACAAGACAUAAAUUGCUCAGCGCAGAAUUUUUGGAACAACAUUAUGAUAGAUUCUUCAGUGAAUAUGAGAAGUUACUUCAUUCAGAAAAUUAUGUGACAAAAAGACAGUCACUCAAGCUUCUCGGUGAGCUACUAUUAGACAGACACAACUUCACAAUUAUGACAAAAUACAUCAGUAAACCUGAGAACCUCAAGUUAAUGAUGAACCUUCUACGAGACAAAAGCCGUAACAUCCAGUUUGAGGCCUUCCACGUUUUUAAGGUGUUUGUAGCCAAUCCUAACAAGACGCAGCCCAUCCUAGACAUCCUCCUCAAGAACCAGGCCAAACUUAUAGAGUUCCUCAGCAAGUUCCAGAAUGACAGGACCGAGGAUGAACAGUUUAACGAUGAGAAGACCUAUUUAGUUAAACAGAUCAGGGAUUUGAAGAGACCAGCUCAGCAAGAAGCCUAAUUUCCUGUAAACAUCUAAAAUAUUAAAUCCAAAUUCAGCAUUUGCUGUUAGCUAUUCAGCAUCAGGCACUGUUAUCAAUUCAUGAGGAACAUUACUGCUAAUCUGCUGUUAAGUGAACGGUUUUCAUUUUACCUUGUUUGUUUUUUUUAGUCCAAGUUGGAGAACGUAGCUGCUGCUUUCUUGCACACUAGAGCACACGUGGACUUUUUCUUGAUCUUUGUGUCAUUUCAGAAUUCAAAGACUCCGUUUGCUGUAGAAGUUCUGAACAUGGCUAGGUUCAUGAAGGCAAAUGCAUAGAUGAUAGUGUGUGUUAGGGGAAGAGGGCACUGAUACUAUCAGAGCAGACCUGCUUGUUUGCAUUUAUCUUUGUUAAAGAUCUGGGUGUGGAUUCUUGGUAAGAUUAUAUGCCUUCACUAAUGGAAGACUGUGCAGAGCUUUAUUUGAAAUCAUAGGGGAACUAUAUCCAAGAUGUGAGCUUCUUGGGUGGAUAAAGUUGACACACGAAUAAAUUGAUACUGAAACUUAGCAGCUUCUCAAAAUUGUGAAGCUUCGUAAGGUCAUAAGGAAAAUGUAUAUAUGCUUUUCACAGCUUUCUAGAAUUUUUUGACAUUUGAUUUUCUUGAGACUUGUAAACCUGGAUAUGUUGAAGGGUAUUUGUUAAUUUUACUUUUUGAAGGUAUUUUAAAACAGUAGAGCUAGCAACGACACCUCGCAUUUCAUUUCAACAAUGCUUACAGUUUCCUUUUGUAUAUAAUUCUUAGAAUGCUCAUUUCUUUUAAAUGAUUUAAUUUGUACAGCAGAGGAAUGUUAUUGUAUUAGUAUGUAACUAUUACCUAAUAUUGAGUUUUUGCAAAAAAUGAAUGCUCAUAAUAUGUAAUUGAAAUACUUCAGAUCACCUGAAAAUGCUGAUUUAAGUAUCACAGCAUUAAAAGAAAAAGCAAACCAGUCCUUUGUAUUCAGUUAUCCAAUGGGGUGCCAUCAGUAGGCUACAAUACAGAUCUGGAACUCAGUCAGCUACACUUUCCUGCAUAAUAUUGGCCUUACUCAUUUAAAAUGAGUCAUGAGUUCUCCAGAUCUAUGAAUGAUACCGAUUAUGCUAAAUUAACGCCGAUUCUUUGUGUGUGGGGGAGACCUCUGUAGAGCACCUUUUCUUUCUUAAAGUAAUCCAGUACAAUAGUUGUGAAACUGAAUAAUUAAAACUUUGGCUUCUCUUAGGAAAAGAAGAGUUCCUAGUCAUAGGUGUCCUAUGGGGAAAUUUAUUUUUUUUAAUGUCCUGUUCCUUAAUGCUGCAAAUUAUCAGUAUUUAUAAAGUAACUGAUUUUGCACCACUUUUUUGUUACUGUGACCACGGCAGAACAACGUCUCCUAGAAUAUAUCUAUGUAAAGUUAUUAGAAUGGUAUCUGUUCAUCUUAGUGAUAUGAAGAUCACAACUAACAACUUACAAAUCAGAGUUUGUCAGUUCGAAUUCAGCAUGGCUGUAGCUGAUUAAGAAAUUUAUAUAAUUAUUCUUUGCUAGCCUCUCUUACUAAUUGAAUUAUUUAUCAGCCAGUAAAGUGAGACUCCCAAUUGAUGUUUCAGCGGCUUUAAGAUCUCCUUCUAGGAGCACCAGUUAGGAAAACAGCUCCAGAAAACAUAGAUAUAUUUUAUUCUGUUUAAUUGAAAUGGCAGUCUACACUUAUAAUUGGUUUUCCUGAGGCUGUCUUUACCAAAAUCUGUGUAAAAUAAUUCAUGUUUUUCUAUCGGAACUAGAGAAAGCAAUCCAAGCUCCUUGAAAUGAAAAUAUCCAAGAUGCUUAGGAAGGCAGACUUGGCUGCGAUGCAUCAUUCUGGUUCUUGUGGUCCAGUGCUGGGUAUCCGGAUUCCGUGUGCAAACAUUAAUUACACCAAGUGGAAGAAAGGUUUCCUUGCCAAGCUGGUUCUUAGAACUUGAAACAACAGCUUCCACUUUGGCAAUGCUCUCAUAGCACUAGAGCCUUUGUGUGGAAGACAGGGGUGCAGUGUGUCAAAGAAAACACUGAUGUAUUACUAUUGCAUUGGAAUCUGGGGAUAGUUAAGACUUUGGGGUUUUUGUUGUUAAAAUGUGAAAACAUUCAAAGUUGAAAAGUUGCAUUUGAAGUUAUGAUCAUUUAAUAUAUUCAUAUUACCAAAACUAUUAUACUGGAAGUGGUUUCUUUUUGUGUUAUAAAGGUUUCAUUUUACAUAAGUCAGUUACUCAAUGUGUGAUUUUUUUAACCCUUAAAAAAGGUGGAGAUGUAUACAAUUGUUAACAAUGCCAUGAAAGCAUUUCCUUUCUCUUGAGGAAAAGUAAAUUUCUUAUCAGAUUAUCUGGCUGGCCCUGUAAUUUAAAUUAAAAUAAAAUUUUGGAGAAACAGCA